AGAUACUGUUACAAAAGAAGAAAUGUCACCAGUUGGUCAGGGGGGUGAUGGUGCACCACUGACUUGUGUAAAAGUGGAAGAGAGCUCGGAGGAUGAUCCCACUGGAGACAGUGACAGCAGCAAUUUUGUCCCAAAAGAAGAAGUGAUUUCAUUUAUUCUGUGGGAUGAUGAAGCCCCACCGGAUGAUGUGAACACAGAAGAGAUACCACUGAAGUAUGGUUAUCCUGGCAGCAGUGGUGCUGUCACGAGAAAAUUUGAAUACCAUAGAACUUCGAGCCAACGGUCAUCAUCUGCCAGAAGCAAGCAAAGUAACAAAAUGAUGAAAUCCCGUCAAUGUCCAGAUUGGAAAAAUAGCACAGCAAGGCAUCGUCAAAUUUGGGCUGGGGGUAGACAAUAUAAAUAUUCUCGGGGUAACAGUGGUUUAGAACAGAAGCAAAACCUAGAAAUGAAUCAAGAGAGUUUGUCUGAAGAGGAUGGCAAAGGUGGGCCAUAUAAAUGUACUGAAUGUGAUAAAAGCUUCAUUAGGAAGCAUGACUUCAUAAAUCAUCAACAAGUUCACCCCAGAGAGACACCAAAGCGACCAUAUAGAUGUACUGAAUGUAACAAGAGUUUCGUACACCUGAUUAAUUUCACAUUACAUCAGCAAAUGCAUACAGAAGACAAAUUGUUUAAAUGUGCAGAAUGCGGAAAGUGUUUUACAUAUCGCAGUCACCUUGUAAGCCACUCAGUGAUUCACUCAGAGGAGAAAUCCUAUAAAUGUGCUAAAUGCAAUAAAUGCUUUACACAGUACAGUGCCUUAUUACGUCAUCAGCCGACUCACAUGGUAGGGAAACCAUAUAAAUGUGCUGAAUGCAGCAAGUGUUUUACACAAAGAAGCCAAUUAGCGAGGCAUCUGGUUGUUCACACAGGAGAGAAACCAUACAAGUGUGACAGUUGCAGCAAAUGCUUUACGCAGCGCAGGGACUUAAUGUACCAUCAAGCCAUUCACACGGGGGAAACACCAUACAAAUGUGCUGAAUGCAACAAGUGUUAUACUCGUCGCAAUCACUUAAUAUGCCACAUGGUCACUCACACAGGGGAGAAACCAUAUCAGUGUGCUGAAUGUGGUAAAUGCUUUAUACUGCGCAGUCAUCUAAAGUCCCAUCAAAUGAUUCACACUGGGGAAAAACCACAUAAAUGCACUGAAUGCAACAUGACUUUCAGACUUAAGGAAACCUUUAUUAGUCAUCAGAGAUUUCACAAAGGGGAUAAACAGUAUAAAUGCUCUGAAUGUGAUACGUAUUUUACAAACAGCAGUCAGCUGGAACGUCACCUAGCUGAUCACACAAGGGAGAAAUCAUUUAAAUGCAAUGAAUGCAGUAAAGGUUUUGCAUACCACAGUCACCUAAUACGCCACCUGCUUGUUCACACAGGGGAGAAACCAUAUAAGUGUUCAGUUUGCAGUAAAGGUUUUCAACAAAACUGUGAUUUAAAACGACAUCAAGUCCUUCAUACGGAAGAGGAUCUGUAUAAAUGCCCUGAAUGUGGGAAGUGUUUUACAGAACAUAAACAUUUAUUAAGUCAUCAGACAGUACAUACAGAUGAUAAGCUGCAUGAAUGUGCUGAAUGUGGUAAGUGUUUUACACAUCGCAGUCUUCUAAUGCGCCAUCAUCGUAUACAUACUGGAGAGAAACUGUACAAAUGCAGCGAAUGCAGCAAGUGUUUUGCACAACGUACACACCUCGAAUGCCAUCAAGCCAUUCACUCAGGAACUAAACCAUAUGAGUGUGCUGAAUGCAGUAAACGCUUUGCGCAUCAGAGUUCUCUAAGGAAACAUAAGAAAAGAGAACACGGUUUUCAAACGGUGAAGACCAAAGCAAAACGGAUUUCUUGAAUUUAUGAAUAAUUACUAAUCUGUACCAGUUUAAUAAUAUGAAUUAUUCCUACCUUAGAGUAAAAAGAAAACUGCACACUUGUAGAAAUUAUAGCAAGAGAAAAGAAAGCGACUAGCAUGUGAGAUCAGCCAGUAUUAACUGUUAGUCAAACAGAAGUAAAAAAAACAUCUUAUCACUGAAGAAAUACAGAAUUUUUCAUGGAAAUAGGCAGCUUUAGCGACGUCAGUCUUCUCCACAUAGAGGUACACAAAAUGAAAUGUUAUUAGAUGUUAAUAGAAAUCAGCUUUAUGAAAUAAGGUCUCCCAGAUAGCUUCAGUGGUCUUUUGAGUUCUGGCUGUGAAAAUAUGUUUUUAUGCAUGUUGAUAUAUGCUACCAAAAUCCAUAAUCUUCCUGUGAAUUACAGAAUGAGGCAAUCCUGGGUACAUUAUGGCUGUUGAGAAGAAUGCUCUUGGCAAACAUCAUAGACUGAGGGGGUAACAAUGUCAUGAAUUGUUUUAAGUAGGUUUUUUUCCUUAGGAAUGGGCAUCCAUUCCUCCCAUAGCAUUAAAAAGUCCUAAAUAAGGAGAAAAAUUAAACCAGAAAGAAAUCAUCUAAGUAUGCAGAGUGCAGUAAGUGUUUUUACACAGUACAGUCUGCCUAGGUCUUGACUUAGUCAUGAAAGACUGAAACAAUAUUAAUUUCAUGAUCUGUAAUCAUACUCUUGCAUAGGAAUGGAGUCCAGUCCCAUCAUGGUAUUAGAAACGCAAAACACUUGGAAAAAUUAACCUGCAAGAAAUGUAAUGGUAGUUCAAAACAGUGGACUACAUGCAAGCUGGUUUACAAAGUCUAUAAAAAUCUGCUAGAUACAGACAAACGUAGGUUCUGUAGUAUAGAACUAGAAACAGUUGCAUGUCUUGUUGCUCAGUGGAAUAUACUAAUGGCUGAGGGAUUAUUUUCUGAAAGGCUUGAUAAUGUGGCAAGACUGCUACACUGAGAAUUGUGCAUACACUACAGCAUGCAGAUAGCUGAGAAGAAUUAGAAACUUGGAUCAUAAAGAAUUACUGAAAUUGAAGAUGUUCUGAUGACAUGGGACCAUCAAGUUCCACCAUCAGUUAAUAAAGUAGAAGCAAGUAAGUCAGAUGUAGUAGGCUAAGAAAAAAAGGACAAAAGUAACAUUACUCAUUGAAAUGGCAACACAUAAUGAUCAUAGUGUCAUUCAAACUGUGAACAGAUGGUCAUAAAAUACUGUGAUAUGCAAGCAGAAACUAGAAAGGCACGGAAUAAAGAUGUUUAGAUAGUUCCAAAAGUAGCAAAGCUCCAAGGCUAAUAAAGAAUCCUCAACUUAAAUAUGCUACUGGCACAUAUAGUCUUACAUGAACUGCAAGAGGCAGUUCUGAGUGCAUUACUUGUACUGAGGGAGCACUCUUGUUAAACAUCAAAGAUUGAAACAAUACCAAUAUCACGCAUUUUAAAUGUGGUCCCUAUUAGAAAUAUUUGGAGAAAUUAGAGGGAAAAAAGUAAGAAGCCCUUCACAUCUGCUAAAAUAGUAUAAAAUUGCUUCAGUUUUGUAAACUGUCCUUAGUGAGUGUAGUGAUAUGCAUAAAAGAAACAGUGUCUGAAAAUAUUGGGAUAUGUAUACUUGCACCAAAACAGAAUGGAACAAAGACACUCAAGUAAUUUGAUUUGUCCUUGAAGCAAGUGGGCAAGUACAUGUGAAGGUGCUACCAGUACAGGUAACUCAUGACAGAAGGAGGUAAUCGUGGUACAUUGUAAAUACUGAGGAGUGCACAUGUCAGAUGUUAGAAUCUGAAGCACUACUGAUGUGAUGAACUUUUACAUAUGCUGUGACUUGAGGUAGGGAUCUAUUUCUGCCAUGCCAUUAAAAUCUUUGUUCUUGUAAGGUUGUCAAAAACUUCCCUCCCCUCUGUAAAACCGUAUUAAUCCUUACCUGUCAGCUUUGGAAAUACCUUUGUCAUUCUGUUACAUAUUGUAAACAUAAAUACUUUAUAAUCAUGGCUUAAAAUUUAAAUGGUACUCUAUGAAUCUGGUUUUGAAGGGUCUUUACCCUCUUUGGGUAAGAUGUUGACACUGUCUCUCCUCCUAAAAUAUCACUAAGCAAAACCUUCUAGAUCUUUCAUAUUCUUCCCUCUUGACUUCUAAACUUCUGUGGUAAUAGUACCUCUUCCUGGAGACUUCCAUGGUGAUUGAUUAUACAUUACCAAUUUUAUCUGAUCCUUUCCUACCUUAGCUAUUAAUUCGUGAGCCUCAUCUUGACAUUGGUCUAGUUAGUUAAGUAUUCCAUAAACAUUUCCAUUUGUGUAUUUCCUAGAUGUUCUUUGUGUU